GCAGGCGCCCUUGCUAGAAACGCAGCACCACACCACUUCCCUGGGAUCCGCAGUGCGCAAGCGCGCAACCUCUCCGUUUCCCUCCCCUUAGUCCUUACCUCCCCCCAUCCCCGUUCCCCUUCAAGAAGCCGGCUCCAGGGUGCGCUCACCCCGGUGAGGAGGCCGGACUCUGAAGGCUCUCUGUCCCACUCCCGGAAGAUCAUGUACCAGCCCAGCCGGGGGGCAGCUCGGCGUCUCGGCCCCUGCCUCCGCGCCUACCAGGCUCGCCCCCAGGACCAUCUUUCUCCAAGGGCUCUACCAUUCCCACCCCUUUGGCCCCACUCCACAACCACCACUUCUCCAUCUUCUCCUCUUCUCUGGUCCCCCUCACUCCCACACCUUCCCAUUAGAGUGCUUCCCCAAGCUACCCCACUACCUCUCCCUCAGGUCCAGGCCCUCAACUCACUGUGGGUGGUUGCCCCUCCAGGAAAGGGGGAAGAGGGGCCAGGACCUGAAUUGCAUAGUGGCUGCCUGGAUGGGCUUAGAAGCCUAUUUGAGGGACCUCCCUGCCCCUAUUCUGGGGCUUUGAUACCUUUCCAAGUCCCCGGGACUGCCCACCCAUCUCCCACCACUCCAUCAGGAGACCCAAGUAUGGAGGAGCAUCUGGCUGUCAUGUAUGAGAGACUCCGACAAGAACUUCCCAAUCUCUUCCUUCACUCGCAUGACUACACACUCUACUCAUUGGAUGUGGAAUUUAUCAAUGAAAUCCUGAACAUGCGCACCAAGGGACGGACAUGGUACAUUUUGUCAUUGACCCUCUGCCGCUUCCUGGCUUGGAAUUAUUUUGCACAACUGCAUUUGGAGGUUCUACAGCUGACCCGCCACCCUGAAAAUUGGACCCUUCAAGCCCGUUGGCGGCUUGUAGGACUGCCCAUUCAUACACUCUUUCUGCGUUUCUACAAGCGUGACAAGGAGGAGCUUUACCGAACCUAUGAUGCCUAUUCCACAUUCUACCUGAAUUCCAAUGGCCUCAUUUAUCGACAUCACCUAGACAAAUUGAUGCCUUCCCAUUCACCCCCAUCACCUGUGAAGAAGCUGCUCGUAGGAGCCCUGGUGACACUGGGGCUGUCAGAGCCAGAACCCAAUUUAGACCUGUGUCCUGAAGCCUGAUCCAGGAGUUGGGAUAGAGGCAGCACUGAAGAUUUUGCUACUGCACAAGAGGAGGAGCUGGAGGCAGCCAGGAACCUCAGAAGCCACUUCUCCCCCAUUUCUCUCCAUUUCCAUCUCAUGCUCUGUAAAGCUGUUGUGUAAUUUAACUUGUAAAUAAUAAAGUUUAAGUGGAUAUAUGA